GACCAUGAUAUCACACUAUAAAUAAAUCAAAAUAAAUUGGUGUUCUUGUAUUGGAUCCCUUCAGGGCUAAGAAUCUCCACAAUCCAUCGUCAGAGAUGAUGAAGUCGCUGACGGAGCUAGACGAUGACAUAGUGCGUAGCAUGGCCAUUGGAGCCGUCUUCCCAGAUUUUGGUGGAAAGAUUAACUGUAUCGAUUUUCAUCGAAAAGAUGACCUACUAGUCACUUCUAGUGAGGAUGAUUCGGUGCGAUUAUAUGAUAUUUUAAAUGCCAAGUUGCUCAAGACCACAUAUCACAAGAAACAUGGGGCUGAUCGAAUAUGCUUUACCCAUCACCCAAGUUCUGUUAUAUGUUCCUCGAGAUAUAAUGUGAAUUCUAAUGGAGAAUCCCUCCGGUAUCUCUCAAUGUAUGAUAAUCGAUGUCUUCGCUAUUUUAAGGGGCACAAAGAGAGAAUCGUAUCUCUCUGCAUGUCUCCAGUUAAUGACAGUUUCAUGUCCGGGUCACUGGAUCACAGCGUCAGAAUAUGGGAUCUUCGUGUAAAUGCCUGCCAGGGAAUUCUACGCUUGCGUGGGAGACCAACAGUUGCAUAUGACCAACAAGGCCUUGUGUUUGCCGUGGCAAUGGAAGGGGGUGCUAUAAAAUUGUUUGAUUCACGUUCUUAUGACAAGGGUCCCUUUGAUACCUUUCUAGUUGGUGGAGAUACAGCUGAGGUCUUUGAUAUAAAAUUUAGUAAUGACGGAAAAUCAAUGCUCUUGACAACCACAAGCAACAACAUCUAUGUUCUUGAUGCUUAUGGAGGAGAGAAGCGUUGUGGGUACAGUUUGGAGCCCUCUCCUAAUAAAGAUAUAGAGGCAACAUUUACCCCGGAUGGCCAAUAUGUGGUGUCAGGCUCGGGAGAUGGAACUUUGCAUGCAUGGAGUGUCAACAGAAAAAAUGAGGUGGCGAACUGGAACAGUCACAUUGGAGUGGCAUCGUGCAUAAAGUGGGCGCCUCGCAGGGUCAUGUUCGCGGCUGCAGCAUCCAAUGUUCUCACGUUUUGGAUUCCAAACAACUCUAAUGCAGAAACUGGUCCAAUGGACACUGAAACUGAACAUCAUCCUCAAUGAAACUCUGAUUACUUUUUUUCUUUUCUUUUUCUCGAACGGAGUACUAAUGUCCAAUAUUUUGAUCUAAAAUGUAGUGAUCUUUUUAUCCUCGA